AUUGCGCACACCCACCGCUCUUAUCCCGACGACUGGCUUCUCAGGAUGCUCGUCAAUAGGAUCCGGACUCUAACUGGCCGAGAUCUCCCGGUCUUUCCCGCCUCCAGCCUGGUGCGUGGGUGAGCCCCAAGCGCGGACAUGGCGGUCCUCGGAGUGCAACUGGUGGUGACGCUGUUCGCAGCCACCCUCAUGCACAGGCUGGCCCCACACUGCUCCUUCGCCCGCUGGCUGCUCUGCAACGGAAGUCUGUUCCGGUACAUACACCCCUCAGAGGAGGAACUGCGUGCGCUUGCAGGGAAACCGAGGCCCAGGGGCAGGAAGGAUCGGUGGACAAAUGGCCCUCUCGAUGAGAAGCCACUGUCAGUGCCUCGAGACGCCCAUUUCCAGCUGGAGACCAGACCUCUCACGGCUGUGGAUGCCCUAGUCCUGCGCUUCUUUCUGGAAUACCAGUGGUUCGUGGACUUCGCUGUGUACUCCGUUGGUGUGUACCUCUUCACGGAGGCCUACUAUUUUGUGCUGGGCCCGGUCCAGGAGACCAACAUCGCUGUGUUCUGGUGCCUGCUCACGCUGGCCUUCUCUUUCAAGGUGUUCCUCAUGAUGACCCGGCUGUACUUCAGCGCCAAGGAGGAUGGCGAGCGCUCGGUGUGUCUAGCCUUCGGCUUCCUCUUUCUCCUCCUGGCCAUGCUGGUUCAGGUGGUGCGGGAGGAGACGCUGGAGCUGGGCCUGGAGCCAGGCCUGGCCAGCAUGACCCAGAACCUGGAGCCUGUUCUGAAGAAGCAGGAUUGGGACUGGGCACUCCCUGUGGUCAAGCUGACCAUCCGCCUUGGCCUGGCAGUGCUAGGCUCUUUGCUGGGCGCCUUCCUCAUUUUCCCGGGCCUGAGGCUGGCCCAGACCCACCAGGACGCGCUGACCCUGUCUGAGGACCGGCCGCUGCUGCAGCUGCUCCUGCACACCAGCUUCCUGUCGCCCCUGUGCACCUUGUGGCUCUGGACAAAGCCAGUCGCCCGGGACUUCUUGUAUCAGGCUCCCAUGAAGAACGUGACCUUCUCUCUGCCGUCAGAAGGGGCCUUCGACUCCCUGCGCCUCUGGGUGCUGGUGGUGCUGUGUCUGCUGCGGCUGGCGGUGACCCGGCCCCACCUGCAGGCCUACCUGUGCCUGGUCAAGACUCGGGUGGAGCAGCUGCGCAAGGAGGCGGGCCGCAUCGAGGCCCGCGAAAUCCAGCAGCGGGUGAUCCGGGUCUACUGCUACGUCACGGUGGUGAGCCUGCAGUACCUGACGCCGCUCAUCCUCACUCUGCACUGCACACUGCUGCUCAAGACCCUGGGUGGCUAUUCUUGGACACUGGGCCCAGCUCCUCCCCCAUUGGCCUCAUCCCAGCCGUCAGACACUUUGAUCUCUGUAGACACGGCAGGAGACGAGGCCCAGCAGACUGCGGCCCAGGUCGCAAAGGUCCUGGGUGGCCUGCUCACACCCCCUUUCCUCCGUGGCGUGCUGGCCUAUCUCAUCUGGUGGACUGCUGCCUGCCAGCUGCUCUCCAGCCUCUUCGGCCUCUAUUUCCACCGGCACCUGGCAGCCUCGUAGCAUGACACUUUCUGGGGUGCUGGCAUCUGAUCCGUGCCCACUAGGACUGGGACUGCCCCCUGUGUGAUGACCCUGGGUAGGGGUUGGAACUCCCCACCGUCUCUCUCACCUCAGUGCCUAGAUCAUGGACUCCUGGAAUCAGUCUCCCCUGGGCCUGGAGGCCAUGGGCCCAAUGUGUGU